AUGAGUUCAACCAGCAACAGUACAAUUUCGGACAGUCACAAGAUUGCCAAAAGGCAAGGGAAAGAAGGCAAGGGAAAGAAGGCAAGGGAAAGAAGGCAAGGGAAAGAAGGCAAGGGAAAGAAGGCAAGGGAAAGAAGGCAAGGGAAAGAAGGCAAGGGAAAGAAGGCAAGGGAAAGAAGGCAAGGGAAAGAAGGCAAGGGAAAGAAGGCAAGGGAAAGAAGGCAAGGGAAAGAAGGCAAGGGAAAGAAGGCAAGGGAAAGAAGGCAAGGGAAAGAAGGCAAGGGAAAGAAGGCAAGGGAAAGAAGGCAAGGGAAAGAAGGCAAGGGAAAGAAGGCAAGGGAAAGAAGGCAAGGGAAAGAAGGCAAGGGAAAGAAGGCAAGGGAAAGAAGGCAAGGGAAAGAAGGCAAGGGAAAGAAGGCAAGGGAAAGAAGGCAAGGGAAAGAAGGCAAGGGAAAGAAGGCAAGGGAAAGAAGGCAAGGGAAAGAAGGCAAGGGAAAGAAGGCAAGGGAAAGAAGGCAAGGGAAAGAAGGCAAGGGAAAGAAGGCAAGGGAAAGAAGGCAAGGGAAAGAAGGCAAGGGAAAGAAGGCAAGGGAAAGAAGGCAAGGGAAAGAAGGCAAGGGAAAGAAGGCAAGGGAAAGAAGGCAAGGGAAAGAAGGCAAGGGAAAGAAGGCAAGGGAAAGAAGGCAAGGGAAAGAAGGCAAGGGAAAGAAGGCAAGGGAAAGAAGGCAAGGGAAAGAAGGCAAGGGAAAGAAGGCAAGGGAAAGAAGGCAAGGGAAAGAAGGCAAGGGAAAGAAGGCAAGGGAAAGAAGGCAAGGGAAAGAAGGCAAGGGAAAGAAGGCAAGGGAAAGAAGGCAAGGGAAAGAAGGCAAGGGAAAGAAGGCAAGGGAAAGAAGGCAAGGGAAAGAAGGCAAGGGAAAGAAGGCAAGGGAAAGAAGGCAAGGGAAAGAAGGCAAGGGAAAGAAGGCAAGGGAAAGAAGGCAAGGGAAAGAAGGCAAGGGAAAGAAGGCAAGGGAAAGAAGGCAAGGGAAAGAAGGCAAGGGAAAGAAGGCAAGGGAAAGAAGGCAAGGGAAAGAAGGCAAGGGAAAGAAGGCAAGGGAAAGAAGGCAAGGGAAAGAAGGCAAGGGAAAGAAGGCAAGGGAAAGAAGGCAAGGGAAAGAAGGCAAGGGAAAGAAGGCAAGGGAAAGAAGGCAAGGGAAAGAAGGCAAGGGAAAGAAGGCAAGGGAAAGAAGGCAAGGGAAAGAAGGCAAGGGAAAGAAGGCAAGGGAAAGAAGGCAAGGGAAAGAAGGCAAGGGAAAGAAGGCAAGGGAAAGAAGGCAAGGGAAAGAAGGCAAGGGAAAGAAGGCAAGGGAAAGAAGGCAAGGGAAAGAAGGCAAGGGAAAGAAGGCAAGGGAAAGAAGGCAAGGGAAAGAAGGCAAGGGAAAGAAGGCAAGGGAAAGAAGGCAAGGGAAAGAAGGCAAGGGAAAGAAGGCAAGGGAAAGAAGGCAAGGGAAAGAAGGCAAGGGAAAGAAGGCAAGGGAAAGAAGGCAAGGGAAAGAAGGCAAGGGAAAGAAGGCAAGGGAAAGAAGGCAAGGGAAAGAAGGCAAGGGAAAGAAGGCAAGGGAAAGAAGGCAAGGGAAAGAAGGCAAGGGAAAGAAGGCAAGGGAAAGAAGGCAAGGGAAAGAAGGCAAGGGAAAGAAGGCAAGGGAAAGAAGGCAAGGGAAAGAGUAA